AUGGACGGCCGAGCCCCCAGCGCGCACGACGCCCCGGCGGCGCCCCCGCCGCCCGCCACCGCCGCCUCAGGGAGAAAACCAAAAGCAAAGGCACCGCUUCCCCCAGCUGAGACCAGAUGUGCUGAUGUCUCUUCAGUGGAUGAUUCUGUAGAGGCUGCUUCUUUCAUCAUGGAACAGAAAGAAAACAUGAUAGAUAAAGACAUUGAACUCUCGGUGGUUCUUCCUGGGGAUAUUAUCAAAUCUACUACUGUUCAUGGCAGUAAACCUAUGAUGGACUUGUUGAUAUUCCUCUGUGCACAGUAUCACUUAAAUCCAUCAAGUUACACAAUUGAUCUGCUGUCAGCUGAAAAGAACCUCAUUAAAUUUAAGCCAAACACACCAAUAGGAAUGUUGGAGGUAGAAAAGGUGAUUUUAAAGCCAAAAGUGUUGGAUAAGAAAAAACCUACACCUAUAAUACCGGAGUCAAUUUACCCUCUUUUACCCCCUCCUUCUGUAGCUGCUUCUGUUACUGCCUUCACUAAGUCAUCUUUACAAGAGUCGUGCCAGAUAUCUCAAAACCUAGACUUCAUGAAGGAGAAGGAAAAUAAAGGGUUCUUCAGUUUUUUUCAACGCAGUAAGAAAAAGCGAGAGCAAACGGCAAGUGCCCCGGCAACCCCUCUAAUAAAUAAGCACCGUCCAACUUUUACAAGGUCCAACACCAUUUCCAAGCCAUUUAUCUCUAACACGCUGCCUUCAGACGCACCCAAAAAGAGGCGGGCCCCGCUGCCGCCGAUGCCAGCAUCUCAGAGCGAACCCCAUGACCUGGCGCGCAUCCAGGAGAGACCAGCUUCGUGCUUGGUGAAGGCUGCCAGUGUGGAUGAAAAUGAUAAGAGUCCCUGUGGAACAGACAUCGUGAGGACAGGUUCACUUAAUAGUACAUCUGUAGGGAAUUCAUCUUUGAGAAGGACAAAGCGAAAAGCACCUUCCCCACCCUCCAAAAUACCCCUGCAUCCAAGUGAUGAAAAUGGCCAUGUACCUGUCCUACAGUCCGUGGAUAGAGUUUCUCCAGACAGUGCCACAGAUGCAAACUCCCCAGAGAGACUUUCCAGCCCAGGUUCUGCUUCUUUGGCAGAAGCCUCCCUUGGCCCUGCAUCCCCCAGUCGGGAACAGUGCACUGCACCCACAUUGAUGGAGGAGACCACUCUCUCUGAGGGCCCAGGAACACCUGAGGCAGCUGUACCAUCUGUAGCAUCCUUGACAUCUGGAAUAAGCUCUGAUUAUAGCCUUGAGGAGAUAGAUGAAAAGGAAGAACUGAGUGAUGUGCCUAAAGAUGAGGCCGAAAAUAUUUCUCUGAAGUCACAAGAUAGUCGUUUUGUAUCUACUGAUAUAAUAAAUACACUGAAAAAUGAUCCUGAUUCAACCGCUGGCAAUGACAGAAAAGAGUCCUUGCAGAACUCCAAGGAAGAAAAACAAAAUACUGGAAACACAGAUGGACAAGGAUCACACAAUACUUUGUGUGAUACAAGCAAUGAAGACGUGGUAGUGGACACUGUAAGAAACUUGAAGUCACUGGGCCCAAAUCAAGAGAAUGUUCCAAAUGGAGUAACUGUCUUUACAACGAACACAGAAGAUAAUAUAAAAAAUAGAGAAAUCAGCGUAGGAAGUGCUGCCAAAAAUAAGGAUGUGGACAUGGUAGUUGACAGACGAUCAGACUAUCCAGAACGUAAAAGUGAUAGUGUUCUAAGUUCCAAGGAAAAUGAUCCUGCGGUACCAGAUCAAAAACUGAGUCAACCUACUGCAGAAAAGACAACAAUGCAAGAUGCAGCAAUUCAGACAGCCCCUUCCUGCAACAGUUUUGAUGAGAAUCACCAAGAUCAUAAUUUGUCUACCUACAAAGUCGAUGAAAUUGUGCAAACCUCAGAUAACAAAUCAACUCAGCACUCAGCCUUAAGUCCACAAGAUACCUCAAAAGACUUCAGGAAUCAGGAUACCCGAGUUGUACACUCACAAGGUCAACUCACCGUGAAAGAUCCAAUUUGUCCUCAUGGCAGUGAUGAGCUUUUGUCUCCUGUUGACGGAACAGAUAAAAAUUCAACUGCUUCUUACCUGAAGAAUUAUCCACUUUACAGACAAGACUAUAAUCCCAAGCCAAAGCCUUCAAAUGAAAUUACAAGAGAGUAUAUUCCCAAAAUUGGAAUGACUACUUAUAAAAUAGUGCCUCCCAAAUCCCUGGAAAUAUUGAAAGAUUGGGAAUCAGAAACCAGUGGUUAUAAAGAUGAUCAAAAGAUACACUCGUUAGACAAAAAGCACACCCAUGAGGAUGUGAAAGAAACUGCCAUUCAGACGGAAGACCUUGUUAUUUCUGAAGGCCCAAAGGAGCCACUGCCAGACCUCAAACCAAAGCCUAACUUGAGAACAGAGCAUCAGGUGCACAGUGCUGUGAGCUCCUCCAACAGUGCCACAGCUAAUCCUCUGAAACCUCCCAGGAUAACUAGAGACACUGGCUUUGCUCCUUUUGCACCAAAUUUGGAAGACAUAAACAAUAUUUUGGAGUCAAAACUUAAAUCUCGGGUUUCAAAUCCCCAGGCCAAACCCAGUUCUUUUUUCUUGCAGAUGCAAAAGAGAGCAUCAGGUCACUAUGUGACUUCUGCAGCUGCCAAGAGUGUCCACGCUACCCCUAAUCCUACCCCCAAAGAACCAACAAAUAAAGAGGUGGAAAGGGAUUCGCUGCCUCCUCCGGAGCAGAUUCUUUCUCCUUUAAGUAAAACGGCACACUCUGCUCCACAACCCCAUCUGAAAAAACCCGAUGAUGACAUCGUAAGUCAGAAGCCUGCUGAAACUUCUCCUCCUCCCGUGGCUCCAAAACCUGUAACUCUUCCCACUAAUCAGGCGGCAGCCCUGAAUCUGAAGACUUUGAAAACCUUUGGUGCCCCACGACCAUACUCAAGUUCCGCUCCUUCGCCCUUUGCCCUGGCUGUAGUGAAACGGUCACAGUCGUUCAGCAAGGCACGCACCGAGUCCUCCAGUGACAGUGCGCCCUCCCCGCUUCCAACCGACCCCAAGGAGGGGAACAUUUGUUCUGCAAAUACGUUUGUGGACAUCCCACAGCUUGAUGUGGUUGAUAAGGAGAAUAAGUCUGUUCGUAAUGAACAGAAUUCUCAAAUACCAACUGCAGCUGACUGCCCAUCCUUCACCCUUUCGAGACAAAGCUCUUUGACAUUCCAGAGCUCUGACCCAGAACAGAUCCGACAGAGUUUGCUGACUGCAAUCCGUUCCGGAGAGGCUGCUGCCAGACUGAAACGGGUUACUGUUCCAUCAAAUACAAUAUCUGUGAAUGGAAGGUCAAGACUCAGCCAGCCCAUGUCCCCUGAUGUCCAGGACAGCCGUUAACUGCCGCUUUGCCAUAUUGCACUUCACUGCUUCAGUUUAACAUACCAACUUCACACUAAUGUGUUGAGAAAUGUAUAUUCAGAUGUAUACUAAUAUAUUCUCUUUCAAAGUCUAAAAAGUCUAUGGCUUUUGAUGCCAAAAGAAUUAUCAGAACUUAUAAUUUAUAAUAAUUUUAGUUGUUUUUUUUUCUUGAGUUGAGUAUGCUGCUUUAGAACUUAAAGAUAUAAAUGGCUUUCAUUUUUUCAAAUGAGAAGUAAUCACCUUUAUUGAUUUCUUUUAUUUACAAAUACAUUCUCUAUAGUGGUGACUUAAGACAAAAUAUGAAUUGAGUCCUAGAUUUAUAUUUGUAUGACACAUCAAUAGCUAAGGAAACAUAGGUCUGACAUUUGCUGCCUCAAUGUUACAGAUUAAUUGGAUAUAUUUUUAAGUUAUAUUAAAGCCUAUAUUGUGUUUAAAAAAUCUAGAAAACUAGUAAUAUCAAAUAAGUGUAUGCAGUUCAAUAAUUAUUUGUAAUGAUGAAUCACUUGUUGUAUAAGAGUUAUCUUGUGCAUUCUUUAUAUAGUUAUAAAUCAAAUUUAUGGGAAAUUUAUAGUAUUUUAAUAUUUUAUUAACAUGGAACACUUUUUUUAAUCUUUAGAACUUAAGUUGCACAAGGAGAAUAUUAAAUAUUUUCUGUAUAUAAUUAUGGCAUUAUUAUCACACAAAUAUAUGUACCAGAUGCCUUAAAAACUUUCCUGUGAAAAUGUUGAUAUUAUUAUGUCACUUACUUCAUAUUUGAUGUGUAGAAAGGAAUAGUGGUUGAUUUAUGUCCAUAUUGGAAAACUUAAAAGACUAUUUGGAAUUCCAGAAGCCCUGGUUUAUCAUUCCAGAAACGAUAAAAUAGUCAUAAAUGUACUUAAAAUGUUAAUAUUCAAAAUAAUAAUAUAUAUUUGCAUUAAAGCUAAAACUGUUAAAUGAAACAAUACCCACUUUGUUAGCAUAUAACUACCCAGGAUGUAGAGUAUUCUGGUGUUCCACUCUUACAUAGAGAAUAUUUUCAUUGCUCACUUUUUCUUUGAACUUUGUUCACACAAGCUGAAAUUAAGUUGUUUUCAAUAAAGCUACUGAGAUAUCUGCCUCUUUGGAAAAUGUGUUGAUUUUAUUCCUGUUUAAUAAAAGCAAGUUAUACUGUG